AUGGCCGAGGGGGCGUCUCCCUUCGCCAUGGGCAUCAUGUCGAACGCAGAAUUGACGGCUGCGGUGCUCGACCUCGGCAAGAUGGUGGCCGGGAUUCAUGCGUUUCUUUUGGGACCGCAAGGACCGCAGGUCCUGCAUGCGAGUUCGGCGCCCGGCCCUUUCCCGCAGCCGGUCAGCUGGCCGCCGCAACCGUCCAACGGACUCUUGACCGCCGAGGAGAGCAGCAGUCCCGCGCUGCUUUCCACCUCUCCUUCACUGAUCCCGUCGUUCACCACCCCCAGCCCCGUGCCGCCACAGCAGGACAGCGAUGGCGUCUUCUACGGGGGCGUGGAUGGCAUCCAGGCAUCGGCGGCGCAGCUGCAAGCAGUGGCGCAUUGCCUCCUAGCGCGCCGGCAGGGACGACAACACCCCAUCUUCAAGCGGCGGCGUCCAGUCGUCCCUACAGCAGCAGCCUUGCAGCUCACGGAGAGGAAGGCGAUUGCGCGGGCAAGUGCCUGCAAGGUGUUUGCGGCGGUGCGGCUGCAGGCUACGGCGCGUGGCCUCCUAGCGCGCCGGCGGCUGCAGAAGAUGCGCUCACCUAUGCACGAGGCGACCUUGGCGGCGGUCGACCUCAGCAUAGGGGAGUGUAACUCAGCAUGGUCGGUCGACCUCACCUGGUCGGACGGCCACCAGCAACUGCGCCGACCUGUUGUUGUCUUCAGGCGCAAGCAUGGUGUUUUUUUCCAUGGGCGGCGAACUCCAACUCUGCGGCACCGGCGAUAUGGGAGCAGCUUUCCUCCUUGUCACCGGCGGGGACGCACUGCCUAG